GACAGACGAUUCUGGAAGGCGCAGGACGACCAAAGCCAUGUGAUCAAUGUGGAUCAGGCGGAGAACCUUCUGGAUGACAGCAUCUAUGCGGCGCUGUUGGAAGUGGCAUGUUCAGGUACUCUUGACAUGCUGUUUGGAGGGCCUCCGCGUCGGACCUUUACUGUUCUUAGGCACUUUGCGCUGGACGUGUCUGGUGGUGGACCCCGUCCUCUACGUGCUCGCCAUGGGCCAGAGCGGUUCGCCUUGGAAGGGCUGACUGACUGGGAGUUGAGGAGGGUCAAGGGCGACUGCAUCCUGAUCUUCCGGAUGAUCUUUCUACAGCUGCUUGCUGAGGUGGAGGCGCGCAGAAGGAGGAAGAUGAGCCCUACCUUCUUGAUGGAGCAUCCGGGCGACCCUGAGGAAUACAUGGGCGAUGGGGAUACCGAUUACCCCAGCAUCUGGGCGUGGCCGGAAGUGGAGUUCCUGAUGAAUGUCUUGGGGUUGAAGAAGUGGGAGUUUGACCAGGGCCCUCUAGGACAUCCGAGGAGGAAGCCUACGUGUAUCCUAUCGAACCGGGAGCCUCCAGAUGGCCUUCAAGGUUUGCGGGGACGCUCCAUUGUGCCGAAGGAGGAGAUUGCUGAACACGUUGGUGGUUUUCGAUGGGCAACAUGGGCGGCGUGGGCUCCAGGCCUGAAGAACAUCAUCAGGGAGGUUCUACACGAGUCUUUGGAUCGUGGGAAGGCCUAUGCAAUGAUCCGAAGGUUGGACCGAGGGUUUUUGGACCACCUUCGGAGAGAUCAUGUUCCAUAUCGGCGUGACUGUCGGGCAUGUCUGGCUGGAUACUUCCGAGGUCACCAACAUAGGCGCGUGGCUGUGCCUGAUGGUUGGACGUUGUCGGUGGACUGUGUGGGCCCGAUAAAGAAUGGCCUCUCCGAGUUUGGUCCUCAGGUGAAGUAUGCCCUGAUCGGUG